CGUGCAAUUGUCAGAGAAAGGAAAAACAAGUCCGGAAAAAAAAUCUUGUUUCAUGCGAUGGAAGGGACGAGUAGCGGGGGAUAUUAUCGAGAAUUUUGCUCGAAAUGAAACUGGUGUAAGAAGUACUUCAACCAGUAAAACUAACCAAAUAUGAUACGAACACAAAUUAACGCUUCGGAGCUCUCAGAAAAGGUGAGUUUCUUGGUUCGAUGUCGGACGGGAAGUCUAAUUGUUCUUUCUUUUAUGCUCAAUUCAAAUCAUUGCGUACUGUGCUUUCCUUGGAAAUGUUUGCGAAGUCACGGACGUUUUCAAACAGGCCACAUAUGUACAAUUUAUAAUUUUCGAAAUAUUUAAGAACAGCAUAAUAUGUAUUAAGGUAUGUUUACAGCAUUGCUUUCGUUCGAUUAUUCGAAGCCUUUGUUGAUAGGUACAUGUGGCUGUAUUAUUUGCAAUCGAUAAUCAAAAAAAGAUUGUGUUUCAUGGUUUACCCAUCAGCAAAAAUUGGAUGGUUAUUCGCUGAACCUUACUUAGUUUAAUGGUGGCUGCCAUAGGUUGUAUUGUCGGUGACAAGUUGCCAAAAACUUCCCAGUAUUUCAAGCUUUGUGCGAUUUCGUGUUUUGAAAAAGCUGUCUAAUCAAAUGGUGUUAUGUCAUUGCUUCUGUGCCGAUAAAGGAAGCAAUUGCAGUGGAAUAGCGUACGAAACGUACAGUGUAUCUACAUUUAAAGAAACAGCAUUUUUAAUUUAGUACUGGUAAUAUUCCGUUGACGAUGUUUUUGGCUUUCUUUUCUCGAAUCCAUGUAAUUUGAAUUUUACACUAACUCUUCUGAUGAUAUAAAUUUUAGGGUUUCUAUACACUGCCAAGACCCAAUCAAUAUUUGCGGGUAGCAAGUUAAUUCACGUCAUUUUUUUUCUAAGAAGGAAUCAUAAUGCGACAGAUUUAGUGACUCAAUAAAUUAUAUUAAUAACAAAGCCAGAAUUGUGAUUACAAGGAUACAGUGAAUGUGAAACAGCUUUGAUGCAUCUCUAAAAUACAGAGGGCUUAAUUCUUUACCUACCUUUGAUAAUCAUCAAUUAGUAAUAACACAAACCACAAUGGUUUGUUCUCUUAUGUCGGAUAAAUCAUGGUAAAUAUAUUCUCCAUUUUAAUUGAACUUACUAUAACAGAAACAGGUGAUGGGUAGACUCAUUUUUUAUAAUUAUGACCCCUUCAAUUCUUCACAGGUUAGAAGUGAAUUAGAAAGUAUUGUGUACAGUCUUGAUCUACAUACCAAGCCAUAGUGGCAAGUCAAUUUUAUAUAAUCAGUAGCUUGUCUCAUUAUUUUGCCAAGCAUGAUUUUUAAUGGUAUAAUUCUUGAUAAUCAUAUUUGAAUAUCCCAGUCAAUAUUUAGCAUGCAUUCCAGGGUUGCAUAUUGCCAAGUAUAUGACACUUCAAUAUAAACAAUGCAAGGGAAAUUUUAUAUCCUGAACGACAGAUGACUUCCUUUGUUCUACCAGCUGGCAGUCAAUUUUGCAGGCCUUUAUUGGGCCGUGUAACCAAGUGAUUAGAACGCUGGUCUUGUAUGUAACUAAUUGCUAGCUGCAUGGAUUUGUUCACAGUUGUCCCAAGUUCAACCCAUUAGCCAUGCUAGUAAAUAGCUAGCUGGUUCGUUGGAAUAAGCGACUGUGAAAAGUACUGUCAUAUUCUCAAAUUGUUGCUCACAUAGAACUUCAUGUAAACCUGAAGUUCACCUAUGUUUUGUUCCUUGCACGAACUGCACGUGUAAUAAAUUGCCAGUUUCUACAAUAGAAUUUAGAGUAGGUACACUGUAUAGGAGGCUUGCACUGGAACCUGUAGCUUUUUGUCUGAUUAAAGACACCUUCCAACUCACUUCUCUUGUUGCUGAACUUCGGUCCUGAACGUUACAAUAAGUGAAAGACAAAAGUAAUUGUUACAUCUUGUAAAAGUAUACUUUGGCCAACAAUGCCAAAACAUUUGUGCAAAUACCCUGAGUAUGUAAAUUUUUUACAAACUGUGCAAAUCAUGCACAUUUAAGAUAAUGCAAAGGUACUGAGGUACUACCCAAACGACAAGUUUGAGAAUAUUAUGGUAUUUUUCUAAGUGGCCUUAGAAGUGUCAGUCAGGCUUGUAGGCACCAUGGAAUUGAUGCUCUUAGAGUACAUGGUCUCCUCUCUAGUCUGACCAUUUGAGCUUCCUUUAUCAAGUUAGAGGCAAAUGUUGGUUAAUAGACAGUACAGUGCUGCAGUGUGCAAUGCUACUAUUAUUUUGGUUUACAGAGUGCACUACUAUAUUUAAACAAGAAACUAACCAGUGCCCAUGCUGUACUCUGUAGUCUGGUUAAAGCUGCCUGAAAAUCCUUACAAAGAAAUGCAUGGGCAAUGCAAAUAAGAGAUAACCUUUUCUUUAGCAUCAUACACUGUACUCCCUAAUUAUAAUACGACUUACGCAUUAUCUGUUCAUGGUGCCUCCAUCACGGAUAUUAUAAUGUUUUCCAGCAAUUUUUAGACCGAUGCCAUAAGUUAUGUUUUAUAUCAGUGCCGUUGAACAUUAGAUGUCUACUGCACAAACUAAUUUCCUUGUUAAAUAUCUAAAUAAAUAUAAUUUCCUUGUUAAAUAUCUAUUUUUUUUUGCAUUUUAAACCUUGUUACACUUUUAAAUUUUUUUAUACUUUCUAUCGUACUUUAAAUCUUUUUAUACUUCCUUGUUGUAUUGUAUUUAUCUGAACUUUUGAAUCCUUUUUCCUGUAACAUUAGAUAUGUAUUUUUAUCCAUUGAACAAUAACGGCACUUUAAUUGUUAUUAUUAGAAAUUGGAGUAGAGACAUAUUUAUAGGAGUGGGCUGGCAGUAAUUGUAGAUGAUCAACCAACCGAGUAGUGGUUGACACGACGUAGGCUGAUGAGUGCGAUUAUUAGUUGUGAUCCAAACACUGUAAUUAUGCUCUGGCUGAGUGACUAAUAAUUUUUGUUUUAAGAGGUGGGAGUAUCAAUCCUAUCCUUUAACUUAAAUAAUUUUAUAUAACAGUCAUAAAUCAGGGUCUGUUUUCUUUUUUCAGGAACCUUUGGAAGAUGAUUGUGACACUGAAUUUCUUCUUUUGAAAGAAAGCAUAGGUAAAUGAUGGGCUUAAGAGCAUUCAGACCUGUGAAAUUGAUUUUUUUGGGACAAAACUAUUACUUAUCACAGUAAUUCAAUGAACACAGUUGCUGUAAUGGACUUUUCUGUUAAUUUUUAUCUGUCAAAGGAAAUUACAUUCAUCACUAUGGUUUAGUAUUAGUAGUAUGAUAGUUUAAUAUUAACACUUUUGGCAGUUAAAAACUGAAUAAACAGUGCAAUUUACUAUUGGAUGAUUUAAAUAAUUAAGUCUAUUUACAUUAAUAAGUAUUACAAUAAUAAUUGGAAUCAGAAAAUUACCUAAAAGUAAAAAAGUCAUUUGCUCUCUUUGUCCUUUUCAUUGUUGUAGUGGUUUUAGUAUUUCCUGAUCUUAACUGAUAUGGGUUACAGUAGAUCAUGUCAUAACUUGCGGAGCUAAGAAAGAUAUGGGGUGGCUCUCAUUCUUCAUAUCCGCCAUCAACUUCUUACAUAUGAAUAUCAUGUGAUCUGCUAACAAUUUCAAAUUUGCUUGGUCUAGAGCUUGUUGUUAACUAGAAUUUGGAAAUAUUAUUCUUAAGGCUCUUCUUUGUAUAGAUUCAAUAGCGUCAGAAAAAGGUAUGCAGGAAUAUAGACUUGCCAUACUUGCACAGCAUACUUUAAGACCAAUCUGAUAAAUUAUCAUAAUUAUGUAUAUACCUUGAGCAUGUCUUCUGGCAUGACUCCUGCGCGCUUGAACACCCUAAGAGCGUACAAUUACAUAUUCAACAUGAGCGUUCCAUUUAAGGUCAUUUCUAACUUCUAAAAGCUUAAACGACCCUAUUCGCUCUUUUUCUCUUUACUUUUUUCAUGUAGUCUUCACUAAGAAAAGACCAACAAGAAAAGUCCUUCCUGUUGCAAGAGAAAGAAGUUCAAUAAGGAGCCUAAUAAAGUAGGUGUUAUGCUUACAUAAAAAUUAAUUUUAUUGCAUGUACUGCUUAUUGGUUGUCAGAGCUAUUGCACCAUAUGGUUUACAGGUGUACAUACCUACCUGUGUCUGACCUUAUUAAUUAAUUAAAAAAGUCUUUUUUUUGUUUGGCAGCUUUAUGAAAUCAGUUGUUGGCAAGGAUUUAACAAAAGUUACUAUGCCAGUUCACUUUAAUGAGCCUAUAUCAUUUCUACAGGUACAGCUAUAAUGACACAACUUGCUUUUUAAAGUUUAGUGGUUAUUAGUUCAAAAAUAUAUCUAGCUGAUUUUUGAAAACCAACCUAAUGAAAUUUACAGUCAUUUGAGUAAAAAGGAAACAAAAGGCAGUUUUCUUAAGCCCAAGAAGCUCCAAAAUCUUAGUAACGAAGGAAAAAGGAUAGGAGAAAAAGAAAGAACGAGGAGUCAAGGAAAGGAGGAGAAGAGAAAAAAGCAAUGGUUGCACUCUUAGUUUUUAUAAUAGCUAUUUUGGAGAUAGUUUUUGGCCGAAAAAAACUGUUAGUCGCAAAAGGCCCAUUUGGUGAUAACGUUAUCAAAAAUCUAGACUGCAAAACAGUCCGUAUUUUUGCAUAUUCAAGUACACUCUAUGCACGAACAUUUAAACAAAAGCUGAAAACAGAGAGCAAGACUGGGGAGAGAUGCUAGAAAUCGGCUAGAUAUAUAAUACCAUUUAGAUAGGUAAUGUACAGCUGUAGUACCAUUAAUAGAGUUUCCAUUCAGAGCCCCUUGAACCUUGCACCUAUCCUGUAGUCAUGGUAACCAUUGGGGCCCCAUGGACCUACACUGUAGCAACUCUUUCCCUCCAUUUGAUUUUGUUUUCAGAUUUUCUUAGGGUGUUGCAAAACUUCAACCCAGUCCACUCAGAGAUAUUAUUCUCCCAAUGCUUCUUUUGUCUGCCCCUCCUUCUACCUCCUUGCACUGUUCCUUAAUGUAAAAUAAUUGUCUUGGCAAGCCCUGCUGAUCUUGAUUCAUGCCGAAACCUGAGUCUUUAACUUGCAUUUCUUUAAUGUGGUUAAGAUGUCAUCAUAGCGUCUAAUGGCUUGCCUGAUUCUGUCUCUUACUGCAUCGUUAGUUAUGUGUUCUCUGUAUGAGAUGCCAAGCAGUUUCCCAAAGCAUUUCAUCUCAGUGGCCCGCAAUUUCUUCAGGAUGUCUGUUGUCAGUGUCCAGGUUUCGCAGGGGUACAACAGUACUGAGAUACAGUGUAACCAUGGAGCCCCUAAGACUUAAGUUUAAGGGUCUCAGAGGGAAGAGUGGGGUCCUAAGAAUGAGAAUGCUGCACAAUGAACAUUAGUUCCCAAGCCUCUUCUUGGAGUUCCAAUAUGGAUCACCAAUCAGAACAUUUGAAAAGCAAGCUUAAAAAGAAUUGAAAGUGAGUGCAGCACUCUUCAAUAGUCAGAAAAAGGGCAGGGACAAACGCCACAUUAACUGCUGUGGUUUGUUUCCCCUGGGAGCAGAGGUUUCUGUUAAAACACUUUGUAAAGUAGGCACCGACUGGAAAUACAUCUGUGUCUGCAGGCUGUUUGAAAAGCAGUUAACAGAAGUUUUUGCCCAUUUAAUGGAAAAGCAUUAGUGUACUUUUUCCUUGAGAAGGUCACAUAUUUACAAUAAUUUUAUUUACUACUAAUAAUAUUAUUAUUAUUGUUGUAUAUAAUUAUUAUUUGUAAUAAGUUAUGUUCUACAAUAUUUCCCAUCAUUUACAUGUAUGUUUGUAUGUUUUGUCUUGCUGCCAGACACUAGCCUGAGAAAAUAGCCAACAUCCCCACAAAAUGACAACUGAGGUCCAACGCCUGCUGAAAAUCCAUACUACUGUAUGAAGGGUCACUACCCAGAUCUGGGUAGUGUUUCUGAUUGGUUGAAAUUAAAUUUGCUUCAUCCAAUCAGAAGCACUCCCCAGAUCUAGUAAGUGACAGUCAUCAUCAGUAUGGUAUUCCUGUGGUCUUUCCUUGGAUGUGAUUUUGCAAGGAAACCUCUGAUGGCAUUGCAAAAAUGUCAGCUGUGACCUUAGGCUAGGCAGACACAAGCCUCAAAUGGCUUUAAUUAUCAAUUUUUAGGUUCUGUUUUCAAAUUUUUGGUACAUUUUCUUUGAGGAACUUGACAUGUGAUUUUAAGGCCUUUUUCAUGCAUCUCUUUAAUUUUAAUUUUUUUAGAGAUUGGCUGAGGAUUUGGAAUAUGCAGACAUUCUAAACAGGGCAUCAUGUAAGGAACUAGAUUCUUAAUUUAAUACAUUUUUUGCUAGUUGGUGGUUUGUUAAAUAAAAGACAAUGUUUACAUUUUAUAAUUGGUUAAUCAUUUAAUAAGACACUGAAAAUAUUUGAAAAUGAUGUUGGCAAAACAUGUGGUGUUCAGAGGGGGAACAGAUACAAUCCAUAGCAUGAAUAUGUAAAGCCGUACUGCUUGUUAUUUUUCUGGUACUAAGAUCAACCAAGCCAAAUGGAAUAAAAUUUGGGCAGGUCUAAAAUCUUUGACACUCUUAGAUCAGCCUAAUUUCUGUGGCAUAUAUAAUGAGCUGGAAUCUCAGGCCAGCAUUAUAUCAAUCGUACAACAAAAUAGAAUGAGUGUACUAGGUUAUUAUUCUCAUGCUCAAUAAUAUAUAAAUAACAUGACAUAAUAUUCAGUUUGUGCAUGUACCAGCUCAUAGUUCUGGUAAUUAUCAGAUGAGCCAAUGACUGCUGGCACAUGCAUGGAUUGUAGAGAAUAAUGGUAAUUGAUGAGGACGAAAAUAAACUUGCAUUUAAAUCAGCAUUUAAACUGAACUACAAAAGGUCAACUCACCUUUUUUUAUUACAACAACAAAACAUCUUAGGGGAGGAGAUUGAUUGAGGAAGGGCUGAAGGUUGGAACCCUGGAACUUUACUACCAUAACAUCUAGGAACAUGGAUUUUAGUUUUUAACCAUUUGCUCCUGGAAAUUUUACCAAAAAAUAAUGUAUGAAGCUUGCUAUUUUCUGAUCUGAUCUGGGCAAUUAAUGAAACAAUAAAAUUACCCAAAUGCUGUUUAUAAUUGGCGGUCUUCUGUUCUUGAUUUAUCGGCUUUUAAAGUUCAGGCUUUGGCAGAAAGUGAAAUUUUCAGCACACACUGUAGUUUUAGGGUUUAAAAAUGUUUUAAUUUUACCCUGGUUCUGCGACUGGUUCUUUCAAUUUACUUCCUGCAUUUUGCUCCAUUUUUUGUUUAAUUUUUCCUUUUUUGGUUGGGCAUUUACUAGGCUUCAGUUCGGUUAAGUUUUAAGGAAAAUUUUUAGGAUCAUAGGACUUAACUACAAGGAAAAGUGCAGGUGGGUAUACGUGUCUGGACAAGAUUUUCAUUGGAGUUUUUACUGAAUGGUGCUCUAGUGAGCUUUCAUCUGCAGUUUGAAAGAUCUCUAACCUUGCACAAGUGAAAUGUUAAAGUUUGUACAAUCUUUAAUCUGAUAUUGUCACAAGUAGUACAUUGGGGCAUGUGAAUCCUCACAGGUGCUUACGGGCAGUUUAGGGUUGAAUGGGUUUGUAUAGGUAAUAGCAUGAUUAGUAGUGAUAUUUGGCAUAAAUACCAUGAGUGAUAUUUCAAAUUUGUUAUUCGUAAUUUCACAAGCCGUUAGGCGAGUGAAAUUUGAGACAAUUUUGAAAUAUCACAAGUGGUGUUUAUGCCAAAUAUCACAUACAAGUCAUGUUAUUAUUUGUUUAUACUACUACCCACGAAAGGUUAGUAAUUUUCACAUGUAGGUAUUUCAAAUUAAGCUGAAAAUACCACUGCUCUUGGCUAAUCAAAUUGCAGAAAUUUCUCAGGUAGUAGUAUAAAGACUGUUAUACUACUACAAGAGAAAUUUCUGCAAUUUGAUUUGCUCAUAGCAGUGGUAUUUCAGCUUAAUUUGAAAUACCUACAUGUGAAAAUUACAAAACUUUUGCGGGUAGUAGUAUAAACAAAUAAUAGCAUGAUUUGUGUGAUAUUUAGCAUAAAUACCACUUGUGGUAUUUCAAAAUUGUCUCAAAUUACGUAAAACAAUUUCGAAAUAUCAUUUGUGGUAUUUUAUGCCAAAUAUCACUACAAAUCAUGCUAUUACCGACCGGUACAAAUAAUGUUGUUAUUAAUGGUAUUAAAGCCAUUUAAAGGAUGGUAAUAAUAGAUUUUCUCAUUGUGCAAAGAAUUGCCUGUGCCCUGUAGGUUCACAAAGCAUUAUUAUAUAAUAUUAUCUUUACUCCUACAGUUUGUAAAAACUCACUGAUGCGACUGGCACAUGUGGCAGCUUUUGCUAGUUCAACAUACUCCACUGUCCUUGGAAGGUAUGUACAGUAUCAAGUGGGGCAAAGGUGGCCUCGUCACAAGUUCAAGAACAACACUUUUGCAUUUCAUGAGUCGCAAAACAAAUAGUGUAUUUGAUCUCGGCCACAUGUUUGGGUCUGAGCACACUGAAGUGUGAAGUUACAUAAAAAACCUCAAAAGUGAAGUUAAAUCAAGCCUCCAGAUGGUGGUUAAGAUUGUUUAGCCAAAUUAUAAUGAUUUAAUUUCUUCAAUUUGUCCUCAAUGUACGUGUACUGUAUAGACAAUUAAAUUGGCAGUUAAUGUUUCGUGGAGUACAUAAAAUUCAAUCACAAUAAUUCACAGAACAGCUUUUCAGUACAUCACGAUUCAUGGACACCAAAAAUUGACGAUCACUGUGCUUCACGACAAAAGCUUGCCCCUCUCCCCCCCCCCCCUCAUUAUCAGGUAUCUCUGUUAAUGCAUUUCUUUAAUGCCCACUGCAGAUUUCAUGUUAUGAAAAUAUAAUGAACUUGAUUGCAGGUUCUGGAAACCCUUCAACCCAAUUUUAGGUGAAACAUUUGAAUUCAUUAACCAUGACGUUGGUUAUGCACUUAUAGCAGAGCAGGUGAGAACAGCAGGAUAGCUAGCAUAGUCUGUUCGGGGGGGGGGGGGGAGUUCAAGUGACAGGGAUAAUCAAGUGGGGGCAAAAAUCAAAACCCAAAAAAAUCCCUAAGGCUUCCAACAAAACCCUAAAAAAUCCCUGGACAAAAAAUUAACCCCCAAAAAAUCCCAUGCCAAAUUCCCAAGCCUUGAAAAUUUCCAGAACGCAAUAAUUAAUGAUAUAACGAAAAAAAAUAGAAAAUGAUUUUUUGUGUUUGUUUCAAUCAUAACAUCUAAAGUUGUCACACAGGCACUUCCAUGAGUCCUCAGAUUGUUUUGAAUACCCAAAAAUAUCCCUAGUUAAAUCAAGCUGUCCAAAAAAAUACUUGCCAAAAAUUUUAAACACAAAAAAAAUACUUCGAUCAUCCCUGUCACUUGAAAUCCAGAGUACCCCCCCCCCCGAGUCUGAUCAAUGUUACGCCGUGUAGCAGAAAUAAAAAUGAUUAAUGCAAUGCAGAUAUUUAGUUCUGAUCAGUGACUUCUGUCUAUUAUACAUUGCCCAUGUAGGUUAGCUUGAGUUGUAUAGAAUGCUUUGGACAGUAUUUUGUUCCUCUGUUGUUAAACAAAGAGCACAGAUUCCUAAAACCAAGAAUGAGAACACCUGGAAUCUGUCAUUAAUUUUUGUGUUCCUAAUGUCACCCACAAACCAGGAACUUACAUGUAGGGCACAGCUGAAAAGUCAAAAUCAGCUGACCAGUCAAAAUCACCAUCCAGUUUUUGGGUAGUGACAUCCUUGGGCAACUUUAGGUGGCCAUUGAUAUUAAGACAUCUCUUUGGGGAGUGUGCAAUGUGAGCAGACAGCUCAUUUUAGUUCAAUUGAACUUAAUGAGCUGGGUUUUAGUCUUGAUCAUGCUUCUAGUGUGGUGUGCUUUCUUACCACUCGCUGGUUAUCAUUAUUCUACCUGUUUUACUUUUUGUGGAUCUUUGUUACUUAUUGUGACAACUAAGUUCAUACAUGUGAGAUAUACAGGUGUAGGAAUUUUUCUCUCAGAGUUAAUUCAUUUGUUUGUUUGUUUUUAAAUUACUUUGUAAUAUGCACUUCAAAAUGGAACCAAAAACAGUCAGUUAUAUUGGUUGUGUUCUAUUACUUUUGGCAUGUAUUAUACAUACAGUAUGUAGAAAUUGUAAUAUUUCAUAGCUUGCUUGUCUAAUUUCAGGUCUCUCAUCAUCCGCCCAUCUCUGCUCUUCAUGCUGAAUCAGAUCACUGGGUAUUUUGGCAGGAAUACAAGCUUGACACUAAGUUUAGAGGACAGGUACGUGCACUAUGAUAAAUUUUACUGUGUGUUUUUAGUUACCAUGUACCAUGUCAGGGCUUAAAUCCAAAUAUGGACAGAAAAACUCUACACUGUGAAUGUAGGUAUCCUAGUACAAGACAAAUUAUUACAACUAAAUCAUGCUGCUUAAGAACUGUUAUUGUUGGCAGACAGUUAUCAGCAUUAACUGCAGUUCGAUUAGUCUUCUGUUUGUUUAGAUACUAAGUAUUGUGUGCACCAUCCUCGGAGACCAGGGCCAGUCAGUCGGGCAGGGAGAAAAGGUGCGACAAAAGUUUUCAAGCAUGAGUGGAAGAGCCCCUGGGUAUGGACUCUCACUGGACCAUUUCCAAAAGGCCAAGUGAAUGCUGGCUCCUGAUUGGGCACAAAAAAUGCUUUGUAUUAUUGUGCCCAAUCAGCGAACAGUUUCUCCUGAGUUCUUUUCGUGAGUUCGUACACGACAGCUAUUAUCUCGCCACAGUUGCCUGGUUCGUUCACCAAGCUUUCCUAACUACAAACAAAGGAACUACUGAUGAGUCAAAAAACGUUUCGGAUGCUAUCAUGAGCAAUGAAUGAUUUUCCAGUAAUCGGAGACUUAGUUAUGCGCACAGGAUUAUGGGAUCGCCAGGGGGCAAACAUUGGAAAUCGCUACAAAGAAAUGUAUGGCGCGGAGCUGUUUCUCCGUUUAAAACCAGUGUCUUUGGACAGAGAAUACCGCAUUUUGCCGUGAUUUUAUGAGAAGCGGAGGUGACUAAUGUUGGUGCGUUGAUUGUAAGUUUUUGUGGGAUCAAUGCGAUGAAAUCUAUCGACAAACACUCCUUCUUGCGAAAGGUCGACUGUGAGUACUAACUUACCAGGUAUAAAUGAGCGGGGAAUGUGGACUCAUUUAUUAAACCUUUCCAGUUGUAAGUACAUGUGCUGAUAUUUACAACGAGUGUAAUUACGUUCGGCUCGGCGGCGAUCACAACGCUGAGCCAGUUUGUGACAACGAUCGAAGGUAAGCUUAUGUAUUGUCGAAUUUGACAUGUAUUAACUUUAGAAGCAAAACAUCUUCCCCACAUUAAUAUAUUGAUUCCUUCUAGCCAAAAAAACACAAGCGAAAUGUUUUGUCAUGAUCCAGAGCACCAAUCAGUUCUAAUGCCUUUUCUGAUCAUUUUGAGGGAAGAUAUAGAAACUCUGAAUUUCGCACAUCAACUUGGUAUUUAUUUACACGGCUCACUGCUUUUGUAUCGGAAAUCUUACUCGUUCGUACGAUUUCUGCGUCAUCUACUAAUGGUUAAAUACCAUGUGCUUUCCAUGAAAUAUUUCGUAGAUGUUACUUUGUUUAUACCAAAGUAAAGGAGGAUUUUUUAUUUUUAUGGCCACGUCCUACGAUUGUUGAGCGUCAUAACCCGCACAGAGCUGAUCGCGGCCGACCAUAGUUACACUCGUUGUAAAUAUCACCACACGUAAUUAAAACUAAAAAAAAAGCUUAAAUGAGCCAAUCCCCCUACAUGUUCCUAACCACAAACAAAGGAACUGUGUAAAUUCAGUAAACAUAAAUUUGAUCAACCUCACGUAAGGAGUGUUUAUCGAUAGAAUUUAUCGCAUUAAUCACACAGAAACUUGAAAAACGCACCAACAUUAGGUUUCUCAUAAAAUCAUGGCAAAGUGCGGCAUUCUAUGUCCAGAGACACUGCUUUUAACGGAGAAACAACUCCAUUCAAUUCUUUUGCGACUCGCAAUGUUUGCCCCUGGGAUCCCAAAAUUCUGAGCAUCCGGUUACUGGAAAAUCAUUCAUUUUUGCACUGGGAAAAUUCUGUUUGUGACAUAUUGCAAUGUAUCAUAAAUAAUGGGAAGUUUAAGAUGCAAAACAACAACUUUGCAUGUGCAUCACACUUUUUUGUACAUCUCUUUGCUUUCACUGCACAACUGCCACAUGAAAAUACCUAAUUUCACGUUUUGUGAAAGAUGUAAACAAGCAAUGACAAACUUUUCUUUCUCUUCAUGAACUUGGAUAUGGUUGAUAGAAAUUCAGCUCCAGAAGAGUUUGCUUGCAUUUGACAAAGUAAGCGAUGCGAGUUGGAAUAAUCACGAUAGAGACUGAAAAAAUGGGAAUUCACUUUUCAUGUGAGGUUUUCGUGGCUGUCAGCUGUCGUGGCAUCUUAAUCUCCUGAAUAUUUAAGAAGGUGUGAUCGAUGCAAACGUGAAUACCUGUUGUGAGCUCAAGCUUGUAUUUUUGGAAAAGCGUCUUCAGUUUUCGGGUAGAUGCAGUAUUUUGAACUGAAUAGUUUAUAUCAAACUGAAAGUUUCCUGACUGCGUGCAUUUCUUUGGUGCAUGAGCCAGACAAGCCGUGAUCGAGUCAAUAGCCGUCAUGUACGAACUCACGAAAAGAACUCAGGAGAUGCUGUGCGCUGAUUGGGCACAAUAAUACAAAGCAUUUUUUGUGCCCAAUCAGGAAAAGCAUUCGCUUGAUUGUUUGGUAAUGGACCAGUGAGAGUCAGUACCCAGGGGCUUUUCCGCCUGUGCUUAAAAACUUUCGUCGCGCCUUUUCUCCCUGCCCGACUGACUGCCACUGGGUCUCCUAGGAUGUGUACGAACCAACUUUAAGUUAUUAAUUAAGGAUGUGAGGCAUGAGUGUGCAAUUGCAGGUGACAUGUUACAGUGUUCCGUCUGGUCAUAGCCAUUGGCAUUUUUUAAUCAUUUAUUAACUUGUUACAUUUCUACAUGUUUUUUAGCCCUCUUGAAGUAUGGGAAGGCAAUAUCUAUUUGUUUGUUUGUUUAUUUUUCAGUUUUUUAAAGUAAUUCCAACUGGCAUGUGUCAUGUAAAGUUCAAGUCAGAUGGGCAUCAUUUUUCUUGGAAGAAACCAAUCACAACAAUUCAUAACAUUCUAGUUGGCAGCUUGUAUGUGGACCAGGUACUGAAGUGCUUGCUAUUCACUCUGCAUUGUUGGUAUUGCUAUUUACUCAUUCCAAGUAUUUCGCUGCCUCUGAUUGGUUGAGUACCUUCAGUUCGCUGAUUUUUCAUAGCCUGCCAGGGCGUACCAAAUUUGGAAGACGUGUCACAACCAGUUGCAAUAGAAUACUUGAGACACUGUACAUGUACCUUAUUUUGGCUUUUAAACCAACCAGCUUAUGAUAUUAAUCUACUGUUCUUGUGAUUCCCCCCUCUCCCCUCAUCAAAGUUGCUAACAAUACAAGACCAUGCUCAAAACUUAGAGGAACAACUUUGAACUGAAUGGAGGAGGGAGGUGAGUAUUAUAUUUCACAGAUGUGUGACUAGCAGCGAUUUGAAGCAAGAAAGGUCGGGUUUUUAUCAGUGUCUAACAUUUUUGCAACUGGUUGCAGUGAGUAACAUCUAUGAGUGGGCAAUAGCAAAUCAUGGAGAAUUGAAGUCAGGCAGGAGCAGAGGGCUUGCAACAGCUCGGCUUUUUUGCCAAAAAAAAAAAAAUGGUAGAAAAUUUCAAGUUUUGGCUUUCUCUUUCAUCUCUGUUUUCAGUGGGAAAAUCGAGGCAACAAGCACGGCCAGAAUUUUUUUCAUGAAAUACCACCCAUUACAUUGUACAGAACAUGCAACAAGUUUCUUACUCUCUGAUUGGCUGUAUUGUUUAUUGCAUGGGAUAAAAAGUAAUAUAUGACAUAGGCUUGUUAUAGCUCACAAACUGUGAGCAUGCUAUAUAUUCAUUCAAAAUAUUUCCCCGAUCUGAUUGGCUAAAAGCACACGUUUAAUUCACCAUAACCAGUUACUGAUGACCAAAUUUGGAAGAAUUUUGUGUUUAACGAGGAAAUGACGUCACAAAUGCAGCGUUCGUGCAGGUUAAGGCACCGUUAACCGUGAAGACCUGGGGACAAGGUUGAGUUGUUUUGAUUGUGGAAGAACUAGGCGAAAAAAUAGCUAAAAACAUAGCAAGAACAGCAAGAAGACAACUCGAAGGGCGAGUUCUGCUAUUUGGAGAAUAUUUGCGGAGCUGGACAAACCUAAACGUGCACUAUCGAAGAUGAACUUAACGUCGAUGAAUCGAUGGAGGUAAGCAUGUUUAAGCCAUGUUUUUAAACUAGGAAUUAUUUUGAAUGAAUAAUAAAACAAUUAUUGAAUUUGGCUUUCGGUGUUAUCCGCCUUGGCCUGCGUCCCAACGGAUAACACCCUCCUCGAUCUCCAUAAUUCUUCAUAAGAUACUGAGCCUCAUUCAUUAAAAUUAAUGUUGAGCAACUUGACUUAAUAACAGUAGUACUGAUGUUGAUUUACAUUAACUUUGUAGGAAGGAGAUGUGUUAGUAACAAAUCACAUGUCAAGGGAACAAUGUGCACUACAUUUCCAGCCAGUUAGAAAAGUCCAAGAGAAUUUCAAAAGGCUCACAGGUACUUAGAGGCAAUAUUCAGCUAUUUUUAAUAGUCAAGACCUUUUUAGCUGCUUGCAUGUUUUGUUUUCCCAUUGCAGUCCAUGUGAUGUUACCCCAGAGAACUGUUUCUUUCAAAAUAUCGUGCUAUCUACCUGCAUAUACAUACGUAACUGAUAAAAAGACAAACGGCAAAUUCUGUUGAUAACAUUUGGUGGUCUGAGUUGGGAAAAUAAAACAUAGAAGUAAAAAAAAAGCCAAUCUCAACGUGCAAUCAGACUCUAUUCAUGCGAAAGUAUUUUCAUAAUCUUUGCACACUGUUAUGUUAAUUUUCACGCCACAUCGCUUUAAAUGCUGUAAUCUGCAUGAUUAAAAACAUUUUUCCUUGAUAGUGGAGACAUGACUACCCCGAAACGUCGGAUUUUAUCGUUCGUUUUUACCGUUUAAUGUCUUAAGAAAUCUCUUAUAAAUACAAGUAAAAAAGUUGUUAUUUUCAAGGAUAUCUGCGUCAACCUUCAAAAAAUAUAACCCAAAGAAAGCAAUACAGUGUAGCUGUUUGAUUCCCCGCCUACUCUUUGUAUUUAGUCAGCAACUUGAAAUCUUAGUGACAGCUAGCCCUGCCAAGUAUGAUUAUCAUUUUUAGCCCAAUCAAGCAUUGCUAUAUUAUACUAAACAGAAUAUGUGUUAUUCUGUAUGACAGGUGAAGUGCGGGAUAGAGAUGGACAUGUCAGCUAUCGCAUAACUGGAGCAUGGGACACUGGGCUUGAAUUACUCUCAGAAGAUGGUAAAACCCUCCUUCACUUUAUUAACAGUGUCAAAAAUAACAAUAUGGACUGCAGUGGAAAUGGAAUUGAUGUUUAUUUUCUAUUGUAUGAUCGAGACUCCACAAAACUUUGAAAUUAGUUAAUUCCAUGUGGAUUUUUCUGAACUAAUUUCCAAUUUAUUAACAAAAACACUGUUGCUAAUUAAAACUAAUUAAUUCAAACCAGGAUGAAUACUGGUAUGUAUUAAAACUACAAACAAUAAUGAGAGGGGUAAAAACAGCAGAGAAUUGAACAAAGAAACAUACAAGAACAAAACAUUGCUGAAACUGGAGGGUCUCAGCCUGGCUUUUUAAGGAUGGAAAGUUUUUAUGAGAUUGUCCAACUUAUUCUAAUGUUUCGUAGAUAGGAAUUCUAAAUUAUUGUAUAUUGUUUGAAAAUGGUGUUGUGUUUUACUUUUACUUAACUUUUUCAGAUCCAAAUAUGGACCCUAUUGACCUCUGGACUGUAAAUAACAAGCCAGAAGAUUCAUCAAGGUGAAAAAAAAAAGAUUUAUUUUUGUUGAGGCAAAUGCUCCUUGCGAGUGCAUUUUGCAUGACUAAAAAGCAUACCAGAUUCCAACACUGUGAUGAGAGGGUUUCCAGCUAACUGGUAAAUCAGUGGGUGUAAUAAGAGGGAGGGAGGGAGGGAGGGGGUGUAGAAUGGGAGAUAUUUUGAGUAUCUAAACAAAAAUGAAAUGCGUUUGACAAUGGUGUUUGCUGGCUGCAUUCACUGUGAAAACUAUUUAAGAAGACAAUAAGGUAGAAGUCCGUUGCUUUGUUUAAACACAAAUAAAUGCCUAGUUCUUUAUACAUGUAGCUCCAACGUUCUUGAUUGAAAUUAACCAAGGAUUGUAAAUUUUCCAGCCCUGUUGUAAUUUGCAACCAAUAAAGAGCUUAUAGAAAGAGCAGGGGCACCCAACGAGGAUAUAGUUCAAAACCACUUAACAUAGCAUUGUUGAACGUAUUUUAGUAUUUAAACGGUAGAUAUAGGCAUAUUUUUAUCCCCUAAAAACUUUUCAUCUGUUCGGAUUUCCUAGCUGAAAGUCUAGUGAUCCGAAAAUUAUAGGGAUCAAAACUUACCUUUUCGAAAAUUUCAGCCAGGAAAAGGCUCCCGAAAAUUCUAGGUGGCCUUUUUUAGGGUAAAUAUCCGUUUAAAAUGGGUAAUUAUACCAUUUUGUAGAUCUUCGAAAAUCCUAGGAGAGGCAGGCAAGCAAGAAAUUUUGCAACAAAUGUUCCGAAAAUUCUAGUUCUCAAAUCGUCUUCCGAACAGAUAUUUUCCCGAAAAUUGCCGUUGGGUGCCCCUGAAAGAGGUGUCCUAAUAUAUCAAGGAGCAGUUCUAUCGUAUUUUGCCGACGCAUUACUAAUUCUCCACCGUUGAACUAAUGUAAAAUGUCUAUGUUCUGUGGAGUUUGUUUUUGCGGACACUUGUCAUUGCAUUUCAGAUUUUAUUUUGGAAAUUCCGCUGGGGAUCAUUGUUAUUACUAUUUUUAAUUGAUCUGACCUUAAGAUACCAAUUUAUUACUUGCAGGUUUUAUGCCUUUACAAAAUUCACAAUUCAACUGAAUGAUCCAGAAUAUGGUAAGUGUUGGUGCUGAGUGUGAUAAGAUUCAAAUUCAUAAAAGGUAAUUGAUCAGUAAUGAUGCCAAAUGCUGUUUGGUUUUUACAGAUGUGUCAUGUCAUACAGAUUGCCGCGUCAGGACAGAUAUUCGACUGCUUGAAUGCGGCAAGGUACAUUAUUGUUGCGGUUUCAAGUUAAUGCUUUAAAAUUUGUGCUAAUAUAAUAACAGUCGAACCUCCACUACUCUCUGUGUACCGAGGAACAAUCGGUACAUUCACUCUUGCAUGUUAUUAAAAUCUUUCUAUAACCACCACCUCUCUCCUAAACAGUAAAGGCCACUAACGCGCAUGCCAACUGUCAAAAUACCUUUCUACUACGGCCACUUUAAAGGCUGCACAAACUGAUGUUCUCCAUCACUCGGUUUGUUUGUUAGAAUUAAUUAGAACUGGGUUCUGUUCUAUACACAGUAGUUUGAUUCUUUUGCGUCGUUGUUAACUCUUUAAACCCUAAGAUCAAAAUUUGAAUUCUCAUUUGUUGUCCCUAUUCAUUUCCUACAGAAGUAGUGGGGAGAAGUUGAUAAAAUAUCAAGCAAAUCCAUCUUGUGUGAUCAUGUCCCUAACUCUUAUGACCACUCUGCUUUACAAAGCGUUGAUAUUACAAGGAGAAAUUUGAUGCUGAUCACUCUUAGGGCUUAAAGGGUUAACUCAUACCUGUUCUGUCUCUACCGCCAUUACUGACUUACUUCUCUCCCUGAAGUGCCCGAUGUUUUAACACAGGUUCAACUAUAAAUGAUUGUUCGUCAGCCUUAUACAUGCGAUUAUAGUUUCAUUUGAGAAUUUGUAGGCUUCAAGUGAUGACGUAGUAAUAAUGCAUGUUGUGUUUGUAGAUUGAUGCUUCAGCCAGUGAAAAGCAUCGCCUUGAAGAAAAACAAAGAGCCGCCAGAAAGCAAAGGGACUUGUCUGGGGAGGCGUGGUCGCCUAGGUAUGAAGGUUAUUCUUUCAUGUUACGCUUACGCCAAAUAGAUAUAUCCUUCAUGUAAUAGUAGUAGAUUGUUUAUCUCCCUUUAUACCCUGUAUGCCCUGUAUACCCUGUACACCCAUGUAUACCCAUGUAUACCCUGUAUACCUUGUAUACCCAUGUAUACCCUGUAUACCUAUGUAUACCCAUGUAUAAGCGUAACAUGAAAGAAUAACCGAAGUAGAUGCCGGCCGGCGUUUAACUCAUCAUCAAGGAGAAUCUUUUUCCCCUUAAUGUUGGCUCAGAAUAGCUGUGAGUUCCCUCAGCGUAAAGCAUAAAAAAGGAAAUAUUAAAGAUGGUGAUGAUGAUGACGAAAUCAGUGAUCAUAAAAAGCCGUUGAUACUGGCAAUCUUAGAUCACGACUAUGGCUGUAAGGUUACAGACAACUGAAUCGGUUUACUUUCUUUUUUUCGAAGAAGUAAGCCUGAACCGCAUGAUUAUAUUCUUCUCGAGAAGCACUUGGUUACGUUACAUAUCUAUACGUUGAGUUACAGUGGGUCAUACUUUUUUUGUAGGUGGUUUGUGCCCAAGGAGGAGACGGAUUCUGGAACGUUCUGUUAUAUGUACAAAGGAGGCUAUUGGAAAGCAAGGCUAAAGGGACAAUAUCCAGACUCACCUUAUAUCUACUAAACUAAAAUGAAUUCAGUUACACAACCAUAACUGGUCGCAUGCAGAGUAAUAUAAUGUGUAUUUAAUAUGGAUGUAUGGGGCAUGCCAUUCCCAUUCCUAACAUUGAGAAAAGUUUUGGUUGUGAAUAUUGUCUAAGUUUGUGUACAAGAUUGCUAUUAUAAUCAAUAAAAUCCACAGGCUAUAUGAAGUAUGCAUGGUUAUUUCAUGCUCUGUGGCAAGUUUGCGUAAAAUAAUUAGAAGAUAAUUACACUAACAAUUCCUUUAAUGCUGGUGCGGAUAGCAAGCUAGGAAACUACUUUAAUGUUAGGGCUAGCUGCUGUAAAAGGUUUUCGCUCCCAAGAUUAACUUAUUACUGAAAAACGAUGAUCGCAAGAUUGAUUGUUCGUCACUUUUCUUUCUCGGCCAAUGAACAGAAGCUUAACUCUUGUCCAAGCCUUAAAUGGAAGUUUAACUUCAGCACACGUUUAUUCCAUUUUGAAAUUGUUAAUUAUGAAUGAACUUCCAAAAUGUUAUUAUUUUUCUCCCAAAGCUGGUCUUGGGACAACUGUUACUCUAAUAUUUUUGGAGUUAAAAUUUAUAGUUUAUUAUGCAAUUUUUUCUCUUAUUUGACUUUGUGAUUAAGAAAUAGUGUUGAUUUUAGAUCUCUUCAUCGAUCUUGUUGUUUUUCUGUCGCCUCCUUGGUUGGGGAGUUUCAGUGAUCUGCGAAGUUUGUAGUUCUAAUCAUACCGACUCGAUGCUCUGUUCCUUGCAAUCGAAGACUUCGGCAGUUUAACUCAUAUUUUUGAAAGCAUCCUUUAUUCCAAAAAUUGUCCCAAACACGAACAACAAUGGCUAGAAGUCCGUAUAGUUAUUUAUUAGCUUGUUCUUAGCCAUUUCUAUUUUCUUGUCGCAAACAAGUAAACGUUCGACAAUCAACGAGAUAAGCCAGCCCGAUGGGUUGGACACUCAGUUUGGUUCGCGAUUUCGUUAAGUAAAAGUAUGAGAAACUAUAGAGGACUGUGUACAGUCACGAGUUUAUUGGUGUACAUGUAUAUUGAGUUGCUGUCUUGUUUACUCCCCGACCAAGAUGACUUCAGAAACUGUAAAAAGCUCGAUUGUUUUUACUGUAUUUUUUCUGUGUACAUAAUAAACAGAUUUCAUGAAUGUGAUUAGCAGUUUAGUUAUCCUCCUUAUUAGGUGCACUGCACUUGCCUCGCGUGUAACACGGCUACGUUCCUCUCGUCAGGUUUCUACCACACGUCGCU